AUGCACCAUGGUGUGGACACUGUAAAAAAUUGGCCCCAGAAUUUGAAAAAGGCGGCAACAAAACUUUUGCAAAAUGAUCCACCUAUUCAUUUAGCAGAGGUUGAUUGUACGGAAGAAAAGAAAACUUGCGAUGAAUUCAGUGUUAGUGGUUUCCCGACUUUGAAAAUUUUCCGUAAAGGUGAACUGGCUCAAGAUUAUGAUGGUCCACGAGUUGCGGAAGGUAUUGUGAAAUAUAUGCGAGGACAGGCUGGUCCAUCAGCUACAGAAAUUAGCACAUCACAAGAAUUCGAGAAAAUGUUGGAAUCCGACGAUGUCACUAUCUGUGGAUUUUUCGAGGGAGACAGCAAGUUGAAAGACUCCUUCCUAAAAGUUGCGGAUACAGAAAGAGAUCGUUUUAAAUUUGUAUGGACUUCAAAUAAACAAAUUCUAGAAUCAAAUGGAUACAAUGAUGAUAUUGUUGCAUACCAACCAAAGAAGUUUCACAACAAAUUUGAGCCAAGUGGAUUCAAAUACGAUGGGAAUUACGAUACAGACAAGAUCAAAGAAUUCCUUCUACACGAAACGAAUGGACUUGUUGGUAUACGAACUUCCGAAAAUCGGUACCAGUUUGAUCUACUUCCAAUGUUUGUUGUCUACAGCAAGGUUGAUUAUGAAUUGGAUCCAAAAGGGUCUAAUUACUGGCGAAAUCGUGUUCUUAUGGUUGCGAAGGAUUACAGAAGGAAAGCAUAUUUUGCUGUAAGCAACAAGGACGACUUCUCAUUUGACCUUGAUGAAUUUGGUUUAACUAAUCGUAAAGAUACUAAACCACUUGUUGCGGCACGUAGUACGAAAGGCAAAUUCUUUAUGAAAGAAGAGUUCAGCGUGGAAAAUUUAAGAAAAUUUGUCGAAGACGUUAUUAAUGAUAGAUUAGAACCGCAUUUGAAGAGCGAAGAACCACCUGAAGAACAGGGUGAUGUUAAGGUCAUUGUUGCUAAAACAUUUCAAGAAAUGGUUACUGAUGUGGAAAAGGAUGUCUUGAUUGAAUUCUAUGCUCCAUGGUGUGGACACUGCAAGGCACUCGCACCUAAAUAUGAUGAAUUAGGCAAAAAAUUAUCUGGCGAAUCAGGUGUUGUUAUUGCAAAAAUGGAUGCAACGGCGAAUGAUGUACCACCACCAUUCCAAGUGCAAGGGUUUCCAACCCUUUACUGGAUACCGAAGAAUAGAAAGGACAAGCCGGAACCAUACUCUGGCGGUCGGGAAGUGGAUGAUUUUAUCAAAUACAUUGCAAAGCAUGCAACGGAAGAACUGAAAGGAUACAAGAGAGACGGGAAACCGAAGAAGAAGGAAGAAUUGUAA